CUCAAGAUGGCUGCCGAGGGCUCGGAUGCGACUGAGGAUGGCAGUAACUCUCAGCUUAAUGAAACAACCAAGGAAUUUCUUACAAGACCUGCCACUGUGGAGCAGAUUAACAUUGAAGGGUACUGGAGAACCAAGAGAGACAUUUUAAUUCCUGGCAUCAAGAGAUUAUUGAAGGCCACAACUUUUAGUGAACUAGUGGAAUUGGCGCUUGAAGCAAAAGAAGAUUUGAUGAGUCUUGGAGUGUUUCAUGAUGUUGAUAUGCUCAUUGAUACAAGUGCAGAUCACUCAAUAAACCCAAAUGGGUAUGAUGUGACAUUCCAUGUAAAAGAAAAAAGACUCCUUACCAGUAGUACAGGAACUCAAAUUGGUAACAAUGAAGGCAAUAUGAUGUUUGGUUGUUCACUCAAUAAUGUGUUUGGUCGUGCUGAGCAAGUUAAGGCAGAUCUUUCAUUUGGCACAAGAACCAGAAUGUCCUAUCAGCUUGCUUUCAUUAAGCCUACGCCAGGAACACCAGGGAGAAAUUUUACAAUUGCAGCUCAAAAAUCUACCACAGAUGUACCAUUUUGUUCUCACUGGGAGGCAACACAGGGACUGUCAAUGGAUUAUAUGUUUCCCUCCAUUGUUGGACAGCACUGUGUUUCCUGGGAGGGAACAUGGCGUGAAGUGACAGGACUGGCAAAAAACGCUUCUUUUGCAAUUCGAGAACAGGCUGGACAUUCAAUAAAGAGUGCCCUUAAGCACACUGUAAUAAUGGACAAAAGAAACAAUAUUGCACUUCCAACCAAUGGAUACUUCAUAAAGCUUGCACAGGAAUUUGCAGGCUUGGGUGGAGAUGUUAUGUUCUUAAAACACAACUUCGAAUAUCAACAAAGUGUAGAACCUCUGAAAGAUGUGAUUUUAUCCUGGUCGUUUCAAGGAGGAAGUCUACAUCCAUUGUUUAAUACACCAUCAAAAAUAAGUGAUCGGUUAUUCCUUGGAGGUCCACUGUCCGUACGAGGAUUUAACUCAAAAGGGAUUGGGCCGAGAAGUGAAAAUGAUUCUUUGGGAGCGGAUGCUUACUGGGCAGCAGGACUUCACGUAUACACGCCCUUGCCGUUCAGACCAGGACGGGGUGGUCUGGGCGACAGAAUCAAAACACACUUAUUUGUCAACACUGGAAAUCUGAUUACACUUGACACAAAUCUUCCGUGGAGAAGCAGAUUUAAUUCGUUAAGAGAAAAGAUCCGGUGGUCCUGUGGAGCUGGGCUGGUUUUCAUGCUUGGAAUUGCUCGGGUGGAGUUAAAUUACUGUUUUCCUAUCGCAGCGCAAAAUACAGACAGUGUUAACCAUGGAAUUCAAGUUGGUGUUGGAAUUAACUUCCUUUAACACCAUCUUCGCUCACAACAAAAAUUAUUUAAUGAUAGAAAUCAAGAAUUUGUUGAAAACAUCGACCUUUGCAGAAAUGUAUCUCCGUACCAAAGGUCGAAGGUCCAUAAGGCGUGACCAGAAACCGAUGUCUUGCGUUUUGCCUUUCCUUCUGUUAACGAGGGAGAUAGGAAAGGACUUAGCAUAAGACCUUCAUUAAAGAAUCAGUUGGAAAAGAUGGUUUUAAGGCCUAAAACAAAGGUGAAUGGUGGUAUUUUCUGUUUUCUUGCUUGCGCUCUUGCAGUCCUUGCGCUUUCGGCUCUGCUUCGCGAAACAGAACGUCACGUGUUCGUCCACCCUUUGAACUGAGGAAGAGCCCGUCAUUGUGACAUUGGUUUUUAUCGCCAGUAAAAAUAGUCGACAAAUCUUUGACGCAUUAUGCUGGUUUUUUACGGAACACAUCAGUCAUUUGAGGCGCCGACAGAAGAUUGAGCAGUCAAUUAACCAGAGGAGUUUCAAGUCGAGUUUGCCUGGUGCAAUAAACCAUCAAGAACGUAAUAAAAGUAAAGAUCAAACA